UUGUUUUUUCCUUCACAGGUAAAUGUUGAAGACACCGUUGAAAUGUUACCAAAAUCGAGAAGAGCACUUACCAUUCAAGAGAUUGCGGCAUUAGCCAGAUCUUCAUUACAUGGCAUUUCCCAGGCGAUGAAGGACCAUGUGACACGGCCCACAGGCAUGGCCCAGGGCAGGGUGGCCCACCUGAUAGAGUGGAAGGGCUGGUGUAAGCCCACUGACACCCCCGCAGCUCUGGAGUCUGACUUCAACAACUACUCUGACCUCACUGAGGGAGAACAGGAGGCCCGCUUCGCUGCAGGUGUGGCGGAGCAGUUUGCCAUAGCGGAGGCUAAGCUGAGAGCCUGGUCGUCUGUGGAUGGAGAUGACUCUAAUGACGACUCUUAUGAUGAGGACUUCAUUCCCGCCAACGAGCCCACAACACAAAGCACGGAGGUGCCCCCCUACCUGAGGGACCUUCUUCACAGUCAGGUGUGUCAGCACCUGGGUCUGCGGGGGCCAUGCUGCGAGGGAGCAGGUAGAGGAGACAGGCCCUCGCCCACUUCCACAGACACCAUCUGCUCCAGCCUCUGCAGCCUGGACGAGCAACACCCCUUACUGCGAGAUCUCACCCAUCACUGCGGCAACAACUACGGUAACGCCGCCGAGCUGGCUGCCAAGAUCCUCUCGGCCCUGCAAGGGGGAGAGGAGCUGCUGUUGGCCCGCCUCCAGAGGGUGGAGCAGGGGGUUAGAGGGGGAGGGGACUUCAACAGCCUGGGGGGUGGGAGGGGCCGGCCAGGGGGGGAGGAAUCGCCCUGCUACUCUGUGACCUACUCCGAGACCUACCUGUCACCCGGGGAGGAUGACGAUACGCCCUGCAAAGACUACGAGGGCACCGUGUGCCAGGGAGAAGGAGAUGGCGAGGUGUACCCACCUGACUAUGCCACCCACAGGAAGGUCUCAGACGUAGCCUCCUCCGGGGUGGUGUCUCUGGACGAGGAUGAAGAGGAGGAAAAGGAGGAGGAGGAGAGGGAGAGAGAGCAGGGAAACCAAUGUCAUUGAUUUUUGUUUCAUCCAUUGUUUCUCUGUCCAUCUCUCCGUCCCUCACAUGGCCUCUGAUAUGUUAAGCCUGUCCAUCUCUCCGUCCCUCACAUGGCCUCUGAUAUGUUAAGCCUGUCCAUCUCUCCGUCCCUCACAUGGCCUCUGAUAUGUUAAGCCUGUCCAUCUCUCCGUCCCUGACAUGGCCUCUGAUAUGUUAAGCCUGUCCAUCUCUCAGUCCCUCACAUGGCCUCUGAUAUGUUAAGCCUGUCCAUCUCUCCGUCCCUCACAUGGCCUCUGAUAUGUUAAACCUGUCCAUCUCUCCGUCCCUCACAUGGCCUCUGAUAUGUUAAGCCUGUCCAUCUCUCCGUCCCUCACAUGGCCUCUGAUAUGUUAAACCUGUCCAUCUCUCCGUCCCUCACAUGGCCUCUGAUAUGUUAAGCCUGUCCAUCUCUCCGUCCCUCACAUGGCCUCUGAUAUGUUAAGCCUGUCCAUCUCUCCGUCCCUCACAUGGCCUCUGAUAUGUUAAACCUGUCCAUCUCUCCGUCCCUCACAUGGCCUCUGAUAUGUUAAGCCUGUUCAUCUCUCCGUCCCUCACAUGGCCUCUGAUAUGUUAAGCCUGUCCAUCUCUCCGUCCCUCACAUGGCCUCUGAUAUGUUAAGCCUGUUCAUCUCUCCGUCCCUCACAUGGCCUCUGAUAUGUU